AUGGCCUGCCCUGGCCACACUCCUCUGCGACUCCCAUCCACAUCACCCCAUGGCAUCCACCACAGGGAAUCUACCCAGCGGGAAGUCAAACAAAAGAAAAAAGGCCAAAGAAAAUGCGGUUUUUCCUAUUUAGACAGGACUGAGAUGGACAUUGUGGGUGGAGGAAAGCACACAAGCAAAGGCAGGAGGGACAAACAUAAGCAUACAUUAUCUUUGGAAGGGAUAAUGAGUCCCUUCUCCAACUCAGAAGGUAUCUUCAGGCAGGAUGCACAGGAUGCACCUUCUGGCACCAUGAGCAACUUUGCCAAGAGUAACAGCGAGUUGUACCAUCAAUACAAGGUGCUGGCCCCCAAGCUGCUGGAGGAGAUCUCGAGGCUUCUGAUCGCCUGCAGGAGCUUGGGCAUCAUCAUGCCCAGGGGCAUCAAAAACAUCUUUGAGUUCACAUGGGAGGAGCUCAUCAUGGAACCCCCUAGCCCAUCGGUGUCCAAGAUCACUGGCCUGGAAGUCUACUUUGGGCAGCCCUCUUCCGUGGAUUUGCCUUUUUCUCCUGGCUCCAGGAGGCCCAUGACCAAGAACCCACCAUCGCCCUCAUCCUUGAUCCAACCCAUGCCCAACAGCCAGCAGAUACUGCAAAAAUUCCAAAAGAAGUCAAUGCACUUGCUGUCGGAACUCCUCUCCCUUAAACUAAAGAUGAUAAUAGAGUGCUCAGCAGGUCCAACCCCCAUGGAUAUUUCAAAGCAGUUUGUUGAAGCAAGCCAGAUCCUGCAUCUCAAGGCCAAGGAGAUAAUUUUAGAAUCUAUGCUGGACACAGUUGGCCUGGGGAAAGGAGGAAACCGGCUCAGCGUCUUCACUGCCAUAGGAGUGAGUUCUCCUUACCAGCUUGUGUUUCAGUCUUCUAAUGCGUGCUUGAGUUUUUCACUCUCUGGAGCAAAAGAGAGGAGAGCAAAACCAAGUAAACAGAAGAUAUCUGGUGCUGAUGACUCCACAGGAAGAAUUACAGGAAGCAGCAGUAGUGAACUUUUUAUGUUUAAUGACCCCUGCCUCCAGGCCCGGGAAAAGCUGCAGGAAAUGUGUCGAGUUAUAGAAGCAGAAAAGAACUCUUGGAAAGGGAAGAGAUUUUCUUUUCCUGUCAUCUUACACAACUAUACUGACAAGAAGUCCAGUUCUCACUCAAGUAUCUACAAUGGGGACUCAAAGACUCUCUUACAUCCUACCACACGCCCUCCUUAUCCCAUUGGCCAUCGCACUCAUGCAAUGGACACCAAGUGGAAGAGGGCCUUCAGGUUUCAUUACACCUUCUACGAUGGGACCACCUUUGUUUUCUAUCCUUCAGGACAUGUUGCUGUGUCUCAGGAUUCCUACAUGCUGCAAGGAAGAUACACAACCUGCAUUUUCAAUGAUACUCCAAACUUCCCCAUCAUAGGUCUGUUUACUGCCGAAGGCCAUGGAAGUGUGCAGUAUAACCUCAAGAACCGCUAUCCAUGUAUGUUUAUGAUGAAUCAUGAAGGAGGGUGUAUAAAAGACACUAUGGGGCAUACAGUUCACAAAUGGAGUUGGACCUCCAAGAAGCGGACUUUGAUAUCAUUAGAGUAUAAGAUGAAUGAACAAAUUAAACUGAAUGUAUACAACCAAGAUUACAUCAGCAUCACCUUCAGUGCCCUGAAUGAGAAUGUGACUCUACUCAUUUCACCCACAGAUUGUCCACAUGGAGCACCCCCUGAGAAACGGUACCCUUUCAGAAGCAGUGCUGAGGAGAGAACAUCCAAGAUGAUCCGGGCACUGGUUGAGAUUAAGAAGCGCUUUCAGAAGACGGUGUCUCAGUUUAUGAAUUCUGUUUUGCUGUCAGCAGGCCUCCUCACAAUAGACUAUCCAGUGAAGGAUGAAAUAGACCUCUGUCGGUUCAGGAAGAAAUCACCAUCCAUUCUACAGUGGAUCCCGCAGUCCACAUCAGAGUCACUUCCUCGUACUCGUUCAGCGUUACACACUUCGUCCAUGGCUGAGUCAUUUCGGGAUGAUUCUUCCUCAGCAGUCAUGGGCGGUCCUAAAAAGGGUGUCAGAAUCUCAGCCAAAGUCCCUGACAGGUCCAAAUCGACAGGCGUGCCGGACCCGAGGUCCUCCAACACCUGGGCUUUCGCUCUUGCUGACUGUCCCCUGAUGCUCCGGAAGCUACUACUCAAACAGGACACUACCUUUGGCUGCAGAUGUCUGGUGAAAAGCCCUGCAGUCACAGACCUGGAGUUUGAACGGUUUAUCUCAGCUCCCAGGGACCCCAGUCAAAUCCUGGUACUCUAUGUGAUGACUAGCCAGAGUUCCACCAACGCAAGCCAUCUGGAGUGGAUCCUGGACACACUCUAUAUGCACAAUCAGUGCGGCCGGCCCUCCCCUUGCAUUCAGUGUCGGCGUGACCCUUACCGCCUGCUUCGGUAUAAUAUCCAUGGUGCCCUACAGGAAGAUCCACCACUGUUGGUACAGAAGUAUGAUGUCAUGCCUGGAAUGGUUCUGAUGUUUGCUGGGGGUAAGCUCCUCUUUGGGGGAUUUAUCUUCAACGGAUACGGCUGCUGCAGCAAGAAGAAUCUACUGAAGCAGAUCUUCCUGGCCCGCCAACAGAACAAGAUGGGUUACUUCCUGCCUGACAACUUCAAAUUUAGCACCCUUUCUCCCUUUCCCCAGACCUUAGACAAUUAUAAAGAUCAAGAAGAGGAGGAAGAUGAACAGGAAACAAAAGCAAAUCCUUCAACCUCUGAGAAGGACAAGAAGUCAGAGACACAACCAGUCACAGAGGAGGGCAAGAAAAAAGACUUAGAGUCUGUGUCAACAAGCAAGCCCAUGCUGCUGGAGACCCUCAUUGAUUCAACACCAUUGGACUUAAAGAUCCGAAGGAAAUCGAAGACGAUACGAAAGAAGGGAAUCAAGUUGAAGAAAUGA